AUGCACCCGUUUAUUGCGAAUACAGUCAUCUUCAAUUCCGAAGCCGUUCUUCGAAAGCGUGUACAUAUUGGAUAUAUUCCGAAUGGACGAGUGCUUGGAUUAUCAAAAUUUGCGCGAAUAGUCGAGAUUUUCGCACGAAGAUUGCAAGUGCAAGAGCGUUUAACGACGCAAAUAGCAGAUGCAAUAGAAAAGUCAUUAGAGCCACUAGGAGUUGCAGUCAUUAUAGAAUGUAAACAUAUGUGCAUGAUGAUGAGAGGGGUGGAAAAGACGGAAUCUACGACAUCAACUCAAUGUAUGAGAGGUGUGUUGAAAGAUGGCGUGAAGGAACGAAGGAACUUUCAUGCCCUACUCAAACUAAGGAAGCGGAGCUAG